UCUAGGAGUGACCUUUUAACACGAGCUUAUAGGCCUAGAGCUGUGACUGUACGCCAGGGCUUGGACAAGUUCCGCGCUAGAGUGGCACAGAAGAACGCGCCCACGGUUCUCUUAAACUGCCAGGCGAACGCUGGCGCCGCUCAACGCAUUUGCGCUACAUGGUAAAUUUGCGCGGACAGGCUUUUAGGAACGCGGGUUUCAAAGGAUGGGCCUGGCGGCGAUGUAUAAGCAACUCGGGUUGUACUAAGCAACUAGUGAGAACGCCGCCGUUCACUCAUCCAUGUCAAUUCCAGGGCAACUAUGCCCAGCUGUCACGGCUCUUCUCUCGCGGGAUCCGAGAUCAGAACAUCAGAUCAACAACAGGAACCUCCACAUCAUUUUCAGCUAGCCUGGUGUUGAUCAAACUUCAACGACCAGAUGUUGACAGGGCUUCAACUGUCGCUUUUCCGCCCAACCCUCGCAAGCUCAUUCCCAGCUUUGCCCCCACCAUCGACCUGGGCGCUUGCUUUGGCCCGUUACAUCACAUUAGACACAAGACCCUUGUCUCAUUUUUUGCCAGGGCUUAUCUGUGCCUCUUCUUCCGUCGGGUUCUGACGUCCAGUCCAGUUCCUGAUCCAGACUUCUUUGUACUUUGUACGCAAGUGAGGAGGAAACCCAUCUCUCCAGGCCGAGGGGUGAGUCGAACCUGUCUACCGGUACCGCUGGGUCGGACGAUCUUUACUCUUCUCCCUAUGCUAAGACUUUGGGCAGACGGCCAGACCAAUUCGAGCACAGCCCGCGGACAUUCACAGCCGUUUGGGCUUAGGACGACCAGCCGUUGCCACGUUCAUCAGUAGACACGGGUGGUGACUGGACUCCAUAUCACGCCUUGGAUCGGCCUCUUGCCAGCGUCUGCCACGCCUCAGCCGCCCCAGCACUCACGCGCCAUCCCGGAACCUUAAUCAAUCUAGGGCCGUCUUUCCAAACCGCUUCUCCCGAGGCUAGGGAACCACCAGCAAGACACAGAGCUCGCAAGGGUGGCUGCGCCAAAAACCCCUUCACCCCGCGCCAGCUUCUUUCAUCA